AUGACUGAUAGAACGAGUAAGACGCCCGCUGUGAAGAUUGUCAUAGACCCACCGGAUACUCCUGGAAAUUUUGUUGGAUAUAAUGUAUUGUGUUCAUCGCUGGACAACGCCCGCUUGAUGCAGCCGAUUUACGAGGCUGAGUACGACAGUGAGACGCAGGCCUGCGUGGAUAUCCGGACCGGCAAGCAUGCCUCAUACUACGACCACUACACGCCGCACGUUAAACGCAAAAAUGGUCUUCCCAUAGGACCCGAAUCCCCACUGCCGCGACCAGCACUGGAUUUGGAUUUACUUGCGCCUCCCAGGGCUCCUGGCCUUCCCUUCACCCCCGUGCCGAGUAGCGUGCUGCAGGAUCCAGUAGCCCGGCGGUUGGCUACCGGAGCAUGGCCCGGGAAAUGA